AUGCGCCUCGCCGCGUUUGCGGUGGUCGCUGCCCUGCUGGUGGGGAGCGCAGCCGCGUGGGGCGGCUACACACAGCCGGCCUUCCCCAUCCCCAAGCGCAACGUGACCGUCAAGACGCUUAACAACAACCUAAUCAACCAAGGCACCAUCCGGGGCUUCAGCAGCCUGCCAGGCAAGCUGGUGCGCGGCGAGUUUGUCGUCAAGGCGCCUGGCAAGGCGACCCCGAAGGUCGAGGUCAAGGAUGUGGGCUGCCUCAACACCAAGAUCCCCGCGCCCCUGAACUGGGGCCCCCUCUGGUGCGCCGGCCGCGAGGCCAAGGUCCACCAGUGGGUCGACGAGGUGGGCAGCAUCCACCGCACCGUCGACAUCCCCGCGCAGCCCAACGUCACGGCCAACAUGGUGUUCUGGCUGUUCAGCCCCAUGUACCCCCAGUACCUCGAGUUUGAGGGCAAGAUGUGGUUCUGGUACCACCUGUGGCACCCCCUGGACCACAUCAUGGCCUCCAACAUGAUUGCGCCGUCCACUGCCAACAUCGGCACCCUGGGCCUCUACACCCUCAUCCACGAGCACUACCGCAACCUGCCAGGCCAGGAGAACCUGACAGAGUUUGAGACCGACACCUGGUUCCACGUUGAGGACCUGGUCUCCAACUUCCUGAAGAAGCGUAUCGUCAUCACCGUCAACACAGCCGGCCUGCAGGCCUGGACCCUCACCGUCAACUUCAAGGACACCCCCCAAGGCCUCAAGAUCGACAAUGAACUCAUCAUGGGCGCCGCCCCCGUCGGCUACGACCCCGAGGACCCCUCCAAGGGCGCCCCUGCUGAGGCCGCCGUCAUCGUCAACGAGAACCUGGUCAAGAAGACGUUUGACGACUACGCCCCCGGCGGCAACGUGCCCGGCAGCGAGUUCACUCGGUCGCUCAACGCCAUCACGCGCCACGUGGUGGAGGAGUUCUCCAUGUUCAGGUUCUUCCUGCCGCAGGUGUGGCACCGCUUCCCGCACCUGCAGGGCAUGUUUGCCGUCGGCGACGCCAUCGGCAGCUUCGUGCCCAGGCUGAACUACGGCCCCUUCAUGACGUCCAAGGCCCCCAACGUCAUCGGCCUCACCGAGCUUAUGAUGCCCUUCAACCGCACCGCCCUCACCAGCGUCGCCGGUAUCAAGAAGGUGGCCUCUGCCAUCCCCGGGGCCCUCGCCACCGGCCUCACCCUCAACGCCAACUCGCAGAUUGCGGGCCUCACCAAGAGCGCCAACACCGCCAUCGCCGCGGUCAACACCUUUGACCCCAACACCAUUGUCAAGACGGCCGUCAAGCUGGCCAUCCCCUCUGCAGUCGGGGAGUACAGCCGCAAGGGCGACAGCGCCUCCCGUUUCGGCUGA